AUGAUGGGAGAACCAAGGAAAAAUCAACUAUCAAAACUAACAAAUCAAAUAUAUUUUUCAGGAAAAGAUAAAGAAAAAAUUCUUACUCCUUCAUUAUUUCCUAACAAUUUUCUCUUGAAAAUAAUAAUUUAAUAUCGAAAAAAAAAUAUAUUGAUUUGAAAGAUUUAACGCACAACUAUUCAGCUCUCUUCAUAAUACGCCGAAAUCUGAAAGCCCAGAAAUGUCUCACAAUCUAAAAACUAUAAAUCUUAAUUUUUUCGAUACUAUGAGGACACCUAACAGAGUUAUUAAUAAACUAACACAUAAAAUCUAUAACUCCGAGUCAAGACCAGUCCCAUUCCCUCUCGAGCUCCCAUUCUUAACUGGUGGAAAACACUCUCAUACUCACUUGCAUAAUAGGCUAAAAAUAGACGAUUUUCGAUUCCCUUCUCUUAAAAUAAAAAGUCCUGAGGAAACAAGUCAUGAAAAAUUAAAAAAAAAUCGCCGAUCUGAUUCAGUUGAAAAAGAUUUAUUAUUGUCUGCGACUGUAGAUUCCACUUAUAAAAUUACCGAAAAAAAUAAGGAAAAAACCCUUAAUCGUAUAUCGCAAUCUUGUGAAAAACUAAUAUCUAGCAACAAAAAAAGUAAAAAAAGAAUGAUUAAAAACGUAAAAUCAUUGAGCAAGAAAAUGAGAGACUGCAAAUGAUUCAGCGAUUUAAUUGAAAAAAGCAAUGAUAGAGUGGGAUAUUAUGUAGUCGCUAAGGCUAUUAGAGAGAGGAGGAAUUAA